GAUUUCCUUUUUUUUGGGCAACUUGAGGGUUCAGGGAGCCGCAAGCUUCGGCCGCGGAAUCGCCAUGCGCGCGGCGCCCUAUGAGCGGGUGCCGGUGAAUCAGCUGGCCAAGACCAAGCUCUGCGCCCACUUUCUGAACGGCCGGUGCUUGAAGGGCCAGGACUGCAACUACGCCCACGGCGCACAGGAGCUCAGCGGAGAAGGUCUCGGUCUCGGCGGUCAGCUUUGGAAGACCAAGAUGUGCACCCACUUCCUGCAGGGCCAUUGCAAAAAGGGCUUGGACUGCAACUUCGCCCACAGCCAGAACGAGCUCGCUCCCCACGCGGACUUUUCCUUUGGAGGAAAUGUGGGUGGCAUGGUGAAAGGAGCGUCGCAGCUUCCAAAGGAGGCCUUGGCCAAGACCAAGCUGUGCACUCACUUCCUGUCGUCGGGCGCCUGCUCGAAGGGCACCUACUGCAACUUCGCCCACAGCGCGUUGGAGCUCCGCGGCUCGGCGCCGGUGCCUCCAACGCCGACGCCGGUGAAGUCGCAGAAGCUGCCUGCGGCCUUCGCGCCGAUGCGAAAGGGGGGGAAAGGAGUCCCCCGGGUGGUUCCCUCGAUGGGCACAGAGUACCAGCCGGUUGCCGUCUUGGCCAAGACCAAGCUGUGCGCCCACUUCGAAAGUGGCAACUGCAAGAAGGGCGAGGGCUGCAAUUAUGCGCACGGGGCUGCCGAGCUGAAAGCCGCGUGACAUUGGAGGGAACCCACGGGUCUUUGACCCCAGGCGAAAUCCAUUUCGCACCACUUGGAAACCAGGGG